CAAGAAUUCCUCCACGACGCGGAAUAUCCCCCGCCAUCUCCUUGCCUCGUUUCCUUCAAGAGCACCGUGGAAACCUCGCGUGCUCGCCGUGACUUCCUGCGACUUCCCACGCUCUAACCAGGGGGCAGGGGCUCGUUUCCAUAGCCGUUGCUCUGCUUGCUCGCUUGCUUUUGCUCUGCACGUCGCGUACGUCCUAGCCGAGGCAUCCAGCCCCCAUGGCCAUGGCUGCGCCGUGGUCGUCGUCCUGCUGCGCCACGACCACGUCGAGCAGUGCUCCGCGUCUGCUUGGUCCCACGGGCGCCAAGAGCGAGAAGCCAUGGUGGGCGGCUGGUGGCAGCGGGAGGCAGCACGGGAGGAGGAGGAGCCAGCAGCUGUCCAUCCGCGCCACGGCGGCGGCGGAGGCUCCGCCGCCGCCCGUGGACUACGCGGACACCAGCGCCGGCACCGACGCCGACGCCGUGGCUUCGCUCAAGAUCAAGCUUCUGAGCGCGGUGUGCGGCCUGAACCGGGGCCUGGCGGCGAGCCAGGAGGACUUGGACCGGGCGGACGCGGCGGCGCGGGAGCUCGAGGCGGCGGCGGGCGGGUCCGUGGAUCUGAACAGGGACCUCGACAAGCUGCAGGGGCGGUGGAGGCUGGUGUACAGCAGCGCGUUCUCGUCGCGGACUCUCGGCGGCAGCCGCCCCGGCCCGCCCACCGGCCGGCUCCUCCCCAUCACCCUCGGCCAGGUGUUCCAGAGGAUCGACGUGGUCAGCAGGGACUUCGACAACAUCGUGCAGCUCGAGCUCGGCACGCCGUGGCCGCUGCCGCCGGUCGAGGCGACGGCGACGCUGGCGCACAAGUUCGAGGUCAUCGGGGCCUCGGGGAUCAAGAUCACGUUCGAGAAGACAACGGUGAAGACGAAGGGGAGCCUGUCGCAGCUGCCGCCGCUGGAGGUGCCCCGCAUCCCCGACAACCUCCGGCCGCCGUCCAACACCGGGAGCGGCGAGUUCGAGCUGACCUACCUCGACGACGACACCCGCAUCACCCGCGGGGACAGGGGGGAGCUCAGGGUGUUCGUCAUCUCGUGAGCUCCGAGGGCCACACUUGUAAUGGAAUCAGAUCCUCGACGCAGCUGCAUUUGUAAUCCAUUUUGCCUUCUUGUAUCCAUUUUGCCUCUUAUCAUCAUGUAGUAUUCUAUCCAUGUGAUACUGCAAUUUUGUAGUAGAAUUGGAGCGUGCAGAGGGGAAUAUAGAAGGCCAAUGUUUCAACUUGCCUUA